GAAGGUAAAUUUCAGCCACUUGUGUUCGUGAUUAUUAUUUCAAUAAAUCUGUAACGAGAUAGAAAAGCGGUCGUAUUCAAUUUGGGCAAUACCUAUUAUAAAAAGAUAACGAAUAAAAAAUUAUAUGCUAUAUUGACAAUGAAAAUAUCUAAAGAUAAACAACCUAUAAUCGUAUGUUCCAAUUUAUUAUUUUCAUUAGUAGUUGAUUAGGUAUCCCUGAUCGAAUUCGAAACAUCAUUCAGUUCAAAAACUAGCAAAACAAAAAUUUAUUUUCCUCAUCUGUUUUCGACACAACUAAGUAUAUCUAUCGAGUUGGUAAAUGUGAAACGACGAGGUUUUCCAUUCCUAAUAACAAGAAGAUGAUUUACAAAAUGAAGAUUCUAUUCAGCAUUCUAUUUAUAUUAAAAACCUGCUCUCGAUCAUCAGCGACACAUUCUUCUUCCGAAUCAGAAAGCAUACGAAGCUCUAUAGCUGGAAUAUUUCAAGCAGUCGUGACAGCCACAACUUUUUCUUUUUUUGAACCCAUCAGAGAAACUUCCACCACCACUGGGAUUGAAUUAGAAAUUGAAAAUCAGACGUACUUAUACUAUUCGUGGGAAAGAGAAAAUUAUUCGUUUGCAAUACUACACAUUGAUUUCGUUCGUAGUGCAAUGAACAUGACCGUACAAGAAUAUCGCAUACCAAAAUCGGGAAAGAUAGUUAACAAACGUACAAAAGAAAGUUACUUAAUUUUCGACUUAGACAUCGGACUCGAGAACAUUACGAUCAAAACCGACAAAUUAUUCGAGCUCAAUUCACACGAAAAAUGCGCAAUUGAAGUUUCAUUCGAUGAUCUGACAACACAAGAAACCCCAUCAAAACCCUGCGAAUUAAUUUCAUACGAUCAUUUUCGAUCUGAAGAAGAUAAACGUCUAGCCCAACAAUGCAAAUCCGCAUUUCUGCCAAUGAUACGCGUCAAGUUUCUGGAACAUGGCAAAACACUCGUCGAUAGUUUACGUUUGAAAACCGCCCAGUUAUUUUUUUCGAAUCGCCCGAAUCCACUAGCUACAUACUCAAUAUCAACAUUUCCUUACUUUUGCUUCAAUUUAAGAAACAUAACUAUUCGAGGGCUAGUAAAUUACCAAGUGCUUAACAAAACCGCCGAACCAUUCGUUUAUACCCUGUGGAUAAAAGAUAUUCUAGGAAUUAUGAUUUUGGAUUAUAAUUCAACAGUUGAAACUCCGAUGCAGAUGAAUUUCGUUGCGGAACACAUUUCCAUAUCGAUCGACUUGAAAAAAAAUCUUAUCAAUGUACAGGCUCAAAAUUAUUGGGUGGUUCGAGCCGCAGAACAGGCAUUGUUAACUGACCAUCGUUCGGAAAUAAUAAUGCAACAUGUGGAAUCAGCAAUCGCAACGACGUUGAUGCCAUCGAUGAAAUUUGGGUUGAUCAAAAACCAAACAUAUAAAAUUUAUGACAUGGAAUCACCGACAGGAAAAAUGCUCGAUAAAAUCGCGCAGAAAUCUGACUGGAAAACAAUAAAGGAGAUGCUCAGCGAAUGGGUGCCAUUCAACGACGAACACAUCAGCAAUCAGACAGAACCAUACGAGUAUCAUGUUUCAUUUCCAAACGUAACAAUCAAUCUGAUUUCGAGAAGACCUUAUCCAGAGACAAUUCAAUGUCAAUUCCCCAACAACCUGACUAUGAGACAUGAAAUGAGGGUUGCUCCAAUAAGCAAAUUUCGUUUGAGUAAUAAACGAGGGAACGGAAUCGAUAUAAAUUUCCAUGCUAAUUUCACAUCCAUAAGUUUUUCUCAAAUUACUCCAAAUGCAUCUAGUGACAGUGACAGCUGCGAAUAUUAUUUACAUAAUAAUGAAGAUAUCAAAGUUGAAUUUUCACCAAUAAAAAAUACCAGUCGAGACACAGAUGAGCUCAAACUGAAGAGAAAAAUCGAUACUGCGUUGAUCUCAAUGGCUAAGGAAAGAAUUACUCAAAAUAUCAAGCCACUGGUUUGUGUUCCAUUCAGAGUAUGUUCUCAAGUAGUACAAACAGUCGAUGAUUUUUUCCAACGCUUCCUCGAUAAUGUUUUGGAAAAAUGUUCGUUGCGAAAAAAGACGAAAUCAAGAUGAACCAUGGCCAUUGGAAUAAUAAUCAUUUGCCUGCUCGUAUCUCACUCUUAAUCUUAUUAGUGAUGAUGAAAACGAUCAAAUUAAAACCUAUCGAUGGUUGAUUUUUCGAAAUAGAUAUUUUAAAAAUACUAUUCAAGUUUAAGAUUUGAAUUCAAAGUUGAGUUAAUAUGUAUAAUUUAUUGUAAAUAUGUACAUAGAUAAAGUAAUAUGGGCAAGUUUAAUAUUUAUAAAUACGUAUUUGGCAUCAGCUGAUACAAUAAUGCAAUUGAACUCGACUGAGACCAUACGCAAUUCCAUAAUCGACAUAUUUCAAAUCUUCGAAACGACAAAAAUUUCAAAAUUAUUCGACGAGAAUGAAAAUCUCAACACAACUGUACAUUUUACACUCAAAAAUACGACUCAAAAUGUUCAUCUUCACCAGCUGCAUGUUCACAAGCAACGAUUCCCAUUCCUGAACAUGUAUUGUAAUUUCUCCAACGGUAAUUUGCACUUCACCGCAGAGGAACUCACCAUCUCUAUUAAUGGAACCAUGCAGAACCCAGACAACUCAUCAAAAAACCAUUUCAGUUUAAACUGGACAGCAACUUUGAAGGCAGUCCUCAUCAAAAUUACUGGAUUAUUCACAAACCUUUCGAAUGAAGAAUUGCCAAUUGAUGUUUCCUUUCGUAAAUUCUGCGAGGACUUCCCCUACGAAAUUUACAACGAAUCAUUGCACAGUUCCAAACCAGCAAUCGCAGACCAAAAACUCAUGGAAAAAUCUCUGACACCUAAAAUGAUAUCCCUUGUACGUAAAUACCUUAUUACACGAGGCAGAAAACUCUUAAACGAAUAUUUUAGACAAAACCUUCGAACGAAUUACUUUUCAAACCAUUCGAAUCUUUUGGAAAAUCACCAUCGAUACGAGUAUUUCAUACCGAACGUAUCCUCCAUCUGGUUCGACUUGACCAACAUCACGAUCUUCGGACUGGCGAAUUUUAAAUCAUUCAACGCUGUCGUUAAGAAAGAUGACUCUUUUAUUGGUGCUUUGUUAAUGAGAGAUAUCGAGGGAACCAUGAUUUUAGAUUACGGAUCUUUAAUCGAAGCACCGAUCGAGUUGAAUUUCAAUGCGAGUUGCAUCGAGAUAUUGAUCAAAAGGAGUGGUGAUCGAGUCUAUGUGGAAGCUCAAAAUUACAAAAUCACUCCGACCAUGAGCGAUCAUCGAUCUGCUGUUACAAUGCAACGUAUUGAGUAUGCAAUAGCAGCGUCGAUGUGGCCAUCGAUGAAUGUUUUCUGGAAAGAACACCAGUUAAGAAGAAUAUAUGAUCCAGAAUCUCCACAUCGAAAAACCGACUGGAACACGAUCGCACAAUUAUUCAACAAAUCAAUCCCAUUUGACUACAAUCCUCCGACUAACAUAACAACCACUGUUGUUUCCAACUGCAUCGAGCAAAAAGCACAGAAAUUCGACAUUUCAUUUCAUAAUAUGACCGUUAAGCUCACUUUGGGCAAUCAUUAUCCAAAAGAAAUCGACUGUGAAUUUCUCCACAGUCUGAAAGUGAAUUACGAAAUGAAAGCAAAUCCUACUGAAAACAUAAGUCUCCAUAAUAAUGGCAACAUUAUCAGUAUCAAUUUUCACGCCAAUUUUACUUCGAUAAUUUUUUCAACCACAGGAUCAAACAAUUCGAGGAUAAAUAACACCUGCGAAGUAUAUAACAUACCAAUUCAAGAUGAUAUUGAAUAAGAUCCCUUGUUAACAAAUUAAUAAUGAAAUCAUUUCGAAAGUCAUUGAACUGCCUUAGCUCAUUCAAAAAAUGAGAUAGGUAGGUAUUAGACUUCGAAAUUUCUUAGACAUUUGGCCGAAAUAAAUAUUUGUGAGGGUAUGCGACAUCAAAAUUUUUACCAUUCGGGACUAAAAUUUAACAUGUUUCGUUCAAAAGAGGUGACCAGACCAAGCUGCUCUUCUACUUCCUCCUCCCCCGCCAACAAAAGUUCUACUUUUAUGAGGAAGAUACACAAACAUUCCUCAACAAUUUUCAAAAAAGGAAUUCCUCUUGAGCCAUAUAGCAUAGUUUUUUAAAAUUAAAAAGCAUGAAAAUUUCAUCAACGUUCAACGAUGGUGUUCUCAAAAAAAAUUUCUACAUUUUUCAACCCUUUGCGAAGUUGUGUUAAAAUUUCUGCAUCAAAUUGGUCAUUAUAAUUUUUUUCUCUUGAAAAGUUCAUAGUUUUUUUAUAGUUUGAAAAAAAAACUUUCGAAAUUUAAAGCAUUUUUUGAAAAAUUUGUUCAAAAAAGUUUCGAAAAAAUGUUUGCUUUUUAUAAAAAUAUAAUAAGUAUGUGUAUUUUCUCUCAAUAAAUUUUCAGUCCUAAAUUUUUCACUUUUCUUCAAAUAAAAUUUUUGAACGUAAAUAUCAAACAAAACGUCUCCAGAAAUUUAUGAAAAAAAUUUCAUGCAGCAACUAGAAAAAUCCAACCCACAAUAAACAAAAUUAUACUAAACUACUGAGAAUUCUACGCAAAUGUUUCAAUCUAUUUUUAUUUGUGGUAAUUUUAAGAAUGUUCCCAAUAAUAUUUAUGGUACAUAGAAAGGGAAAGAGAAUAAAAACAACUUUUUCUUCAAAUAAUUUUCUCAAAGGACACGAAAAAUCUAGGAGCAAAUUGAUCAAAAAUUUACUUUUGAAUUGACACCCUUGUAAUUUCAUCAAAUUAACCAUCUAACAUUAUCAAAAAUUUCAAUAAGUCCCAACUAAAAUAUUGGUGCCCAAAGUUCACUCUAUACAAAAUUUCUGGACGAAACUGAAUAUUUUCUAGAAGUUUCAGAGUGGUCUAAAAGUGAUUGUGGGCGUCGUUUGAUGGAGUUUGAGUACUUCGAAUUGGAGUUGAGAGGUAUACUUCGUGAGACUAUUAACCAAUCUUUUUUAGGACCCGUUGGAACAUAAUUCUCUUUCAAUCCUCGUCAAAAAGCAUCACUUGUUUAAGAUUUCUGACAUAAUAACGGAUUUUAAGCAUUUUGAGUCAUUAAAACAAGUUUUUUAAAUCUUUUUUUUUGAAACCAAAAGCAGUUGUUUUUGGUCUUUAAAAACAAUUUUUCAAGUCAUAAGAACAGGUUUAACAAUUUUUCAAGUCUUGAGAACAGGUUUAUAGUAAAAUAGAGGAAAGAUUUUAGUCGUAUAAACAGGUUUUGAAAUGUACAAACAGGUUUUAUUAGCAUAAAAAUAGGGUUUUCAAGUCAAAAAACAGGGUUUUUUUGCAAUCAUAGACCUAAUUUUUGCAGUGAAAAUAAUUUUUCAGGCAUGAAAAAAAAAAGUUUUUCAAAUCAUAAAAACUGGGUUUCAGUCAUUAAGAAAUGGUUUUUAGACAUUAAAAAUGGGAUUUUAGUCAUUAAAAAUUGGUUCUUUUCAUCAUAAAAACCAUUUUUCAAAGAUUUGUCAAAACUCCAUAAACGGAUUUUAUAACAUGUUACGUACAUCCAAAGAGGCCAAUUUGGAGGAUUCUCUAGUUGGAAAUAAAAAUGCACUUCCUUGCAGCUGAAAAAGUAUGAGGACCUGAAGAGUAAAAAAAUCACUAAAACUUGGUUUUCUCCCCUCAAAAAUUCUCUAAAGCAUUCAUUUUUGAAUAAUAAUAAACCAAAUAAAUCUCUGUAUAACUUUCGAUUUCUUAUCGAUUUAUUUCUAUUCAGUUCAUCUCCUCUACUCCCCCCCUCCCUCCUCCCUAAAAUUUGUACACAAUCUCAUGCGAAUUUCGGGUCAAUGACAUUCAUUCCUUCUCAAA